AUAAUUCGGCACUUCAAUUUAAUAGUAAUUCGGGAAAUGGGAAUGCCACACUAUCCCCAAAGCCCGGGGCCUGUAAUUUCCACUAUAGAUUUAGGGUGUGGUGUCCGCGCUGUUGUCGAACCGCCGUAUCUAUUCUUCUCUCUCUCCCCUCUCUCGCGAGCCCGCACAGUCCUACUUUUCCAUUUCUUUGCCGAACCCAUUUUUGCAAGAAACGAACAUUGUGAAUUGAAAUUGUUGCGUAUAGAAAGAGAUGGGAUCGGAGACGAGGUUUUUGCAGGAACUGGUCCUGUACGCAGCGAGCGCCGCCUUGAGCUGCCUCGUGCUGUUCGCUGGGCUUCGACACCUGGAUCCCAACCGCGAGGCAUCCAAGAAGGCUCUUCAGCAGAAGAAGGAAAUCGCCAAGCGUCUUGGUCGUCCUCUUAUUCAAACCAACCCCUACGAGGAUGUAAUAGCUUGUGAUGUUAUAAAUCCGGACCAUAUAGAUGUGGAAUUUAAAUCCAUUGGAGGGUUAGAAACGAUUAAGCAAGCAUUAUUUGAACUAGUGAUUCUUCCAUUGCGGAGACCUGAGUUGUUUGCACAUGGGAAGCUUCUUGGUCCCCAAAAAGGGGUAUUGUUAUAUGGGCCUCCUGGUACGGGAAAGACCAUGCUUGCCAAAGCUAUUGCAAAAGAGUCUGGAGCUGUUUUCAUUAAUGUUAGAAUAUCGAAUUUAAUGAGCAAAUGGUUUGGGGAUGCACAAAAGCUUGUGGCUGCUGUAUUCACCUUGGCUCAUAAACUCCAGCCUGCUAUUAUAUUCAUUGAUGAGGUUGACAGUUUUUUGGGUCAGCGCCGCAAUACAGAUCAUGAAGCAUUAACUAACAUGAAGACUGAGUUCAUGGCUCUAUGGGAUGGUUUUACCACAGAUCAGAAUGCUAGAGUGAUGGUCCUUGCUGCAACUAAUCGUCCUUCAGAGCUUGAUGAAGCAAUACUUCGACGUCUUCCUCAGGCAUUUGAAAUUGGGAUGCCAGAUCGAAGGGAGAGGGCUGAGAUACUGAAAGUUGUUUUGAAGGGUGAGAGAGUGGAACAUGGGAUUGACUUUUAUCACAUAGCUGGCUUGUGCGAUGGUUACACUGGUUCUGAUCUACUUGAGCUCUGCAAGAAAGCAGCCUAUUUUCCUAUCAGAGAUCUACUCGAUGAGGAGAAGAGUGGGAAGCCAUCUCCUGCACCAAGGCCAUUGUCUCAGUCAGAUCUGGAGAAAGUGCUCUCCACAUCAAGGAAGACUAGGGUAGCUGCGACUGAAUACACCCCAUUAACAUCCCAAGCACCAGGAUGGUCCAGGCACGGGGAUCCAGAUGGUAAUCAGGUUCAAGCUGCAAUCAGUGAGCUUUCGAAGCUUGUGGUGUCACAAAUUAUCAACCUUCAGUCAGAUGAUCAAGAUCAAGAUCAAGACCGUUAAGUAUGUCGCCAUUAGCCUCACACUUGAAAAACUGGUUGCCAUACGUGUAAAUUAUACUCAGCUAAAUUGUUUUAGAUUGAUUACUUUCCUCGGUUCAUGUUCAUUUUGAGGCAGCUGGUUUAUAUGACGAGAAGUUAAAUGCCCUUAAAGAGUCCCACAUUUUGGUGCAGCAAUGAACAAGUUCUUUUUUUGGCUUA